AUGUCCGAGCAAGCAACUAAGCCAAGAAAUUCAUCCCAUUUGAUCGGGGGCUUCUUUGGUGGGCUAACAUCUGCUGUUGCAUUGCAACCUUUAGACCUUUUGAAGACGAGAAUCCAGCAAGACAAGAAAGCCACGUUAUGGAAGAGUUUAAAGGAUAUAGACAACCCUCUACAGCUAUGGAGAGGUACUUUACCAUCAGCAUUACGAACAUCAAUAGGUAGUGCUUUAUAUUUAUCAUGUUUGAACAUUAUGCGGUCAUCUUUGGCAAAGAAGAGACAUGCUGUACCUUCAUCAAUUAAUGAUUCAAACACUGUUUACAAUAAGAGUAGUAGCUUACCACGAUUAUCCAUGUAUGAAAACCUACUAACAGGUGCAUUUGCAAGAGGCCUAGUCGGUUAUAUAACCAUGCCAAUCACUGUCAUUAAAGUCCGUUAUGAGUCUACUCUGUACAACUAUUCCAGUUUAAAAGAGGCAAUUAACCAUAUAUAUACUAAAGAAGGAAUUUUUGGAUUUUUCAGAGGGUUUGGGGCUACUUGUUUAAGGGAUGCUCCCUAUGCUGGUUUGUACGUACUAUUGUAUGAGAAAUCGAAACAACUACUGCCCAUGGUAUUGCCCACUAGAUUUAUUCAUUACAAUCCUGAGGGGGGAUUUACUACUUAUACCUCUACGACAGUAAAUACAACAAGUGCCGUGUUAUCCGCCAGUUUAGCCACCACAGUAACGGCACCGUUCGACACCAUAAAAACGAGGAUGCAAUUGGAACCAUCGAAGUUUACCAGUUCACUCAAGACAUUUACAUCUAUAAUAAAAAAUGAAAAUGUGUUGAAAUUGUUUAGCGGGUUGAGCAUGAGAUUGGCAAGAAAGGCUUUAAGUGCAGGUAUUGCAUGGGGUAUAUAUGAAGAGUUAGUCAAAAGAUUCGUGUAA